AUGUCGCCAGUCCGUCUGAAAUUACAGUCCGCCUCAUCAUCAUCAUCAGCAACGUGUGUAGCAGCUAACUUCAUGUUAGCACCGAUCCUGUUGAAAUUCACUUUCCGAACUUCCGUGUUUACUAGUGUUUAUAGAAAUAUACCAGCUAGGGGCAGUAUACCAGUUGCAGAAAGAAGAUACAUGUCACACCAACCCAAGCGACUCUGCACAGAAAAAAUGUCUGGUAAAAGAAUCGGCACCCAUAACGGGACAUUUCAUUGUGAUGAAGUGCUAGCCUGUUUCUUCCUUCACCAGCUCCCGGAGUACAAGGAUGCUGAGAUCGUCAGAACUCGGGACCCUGCCGAGCUCGCCAAGUGUGACAUCGUGGUGGAUGUGGGAGGAGAGUUUGACCCCAAGAAGCAUCUCUAUGACCAUCAUCAGAGGACCUUCUCUGAGACGUUCCACAGCCUGUGUCCAGAGAAGCCCUGGGUGACCAAGUUGAGCUCGGCUGGUUUGGUCUACCUUCAUUUUGGCCGGAGGGUCCUGUCUCAGCUCACCUCCCUGAAGGAAGGAGACAGACAGCUGGAGGUGCUCUAUGAUAAGCUGUAUGAGAACUUGGUGGAGGAGGUGGAUGCUGUGGACAACGGGGUCUCCCAGUAUGAUGGAGAGGCUCGCUACGCUGUCUCUACCACCCUCAGCGCCCGCGUCGGACACCUUAACCCACGCUGGAACAGCAAGAGCCAGGACACACAGGAGGGCUUCCAUAAGGCCCUGGGCAUGGUAGGAGCAGAGUUCCUGGACCGGGUUGACUUCUACCAGAACUCCUGGCUUCCUGCCCGUGUGGUGGUGGAGGGAGCUGUACAGAUGAGGAUGCAGGUUGACCCCAGUGGCGAGGUAGUGGUGUUCUCUCAGGGGGGUUGUCCCUGGAAGGAGCACCUGUUUUCCCUGGAGAAGGAGCUGAGCGUGGACACCUCGAUUAAGUUUGUCCUCUACCCUGACCAGAACGGACAGUGGAGAGUCCAGUGUGUCCCAGCCGGUCUCCACACCUUCAAUAACAGGCUGUCUUUGUUGGAGGAGUGGCGUGGGGUGCGUGAUGAUGCCCUGUCAGAGCUCAGUGGUGUCCCCGACUGUGUCUUCGUCCACGCCGGCGGUUUCAUCGGGGGGAACAAGACCAAGGAAGGGGCCCUGGAGAUGGCCCGGAGGACCCUGCAGGCUGCAGCGAAGUCCCCAUCCAAACACACCAACUGCGCCUGAACUGAUCUUAACCAGUCCUGGAGGAUGAUUAACCAGGCAAGCUCAGUAUAGCUUGGUUUACCUCCGCUUAGCAGUGUGAACGUAGUUCAUCCACACACACUCACACACACACACACUCAAUCAUGUCACUGUUCGGUUACUUUAAUUGUACUGUAUGUGUGUGUAGCACUUGUUUUGUAAUAAAAUACAAUUCGAUUUUGA